AUGAUUGUAAAGGAUGGAGAAUGGUCUCCGUGGACAUCUUGGACACCAUGUUCUAAAACAUGUGGAGAAGAAGGAUCUUCAUUGAAAUCACGUAGUAGAGAGUGUGACAACCCUCCUCCAAGUGGUGAUGGGAAGGAGUGUGAAGGAAACGGAUCUGAAGAAAAAGACUGUGAAGUUCCAGCUUGCCCCGUGAUUGGUGAAUGGGCUACAUGGUCACCAUGGUCGGAAUGUGAGGUAACAUGUGGAAAAGGUCUUAUUGUCAGGUCUAGGGAAUGUGAAAAUCCUGAUCCAAAUGCAUCUUCAUUGAAUGGCACUUGUGUGGGCAAAGAUACAGAUCGCAAACUUUGUAAAGCUCUCCAAGAUUGCCCAGUUAUCGCAGAAUGGAGUCCGUGGUCACCUUGGAGUGAAUGUAGUAUUACUUGUGGGGGUGAAGGUGUUGUAACAAGAGGUAGAUCAUGUGGCAUCCCAAUACCAGUCAUAGAUCCCUCACAAUGUGAAGGAAAUGAUGAAGAUAUGAAAUACUGCACUAAACCAGAAUGUCCAAUAAAUGGAGAAUGGUCACCAUGGUCACCGUGGUCCGAAUGUACAGCAACCUGCAAUGGCGGUGUAAUCACCAGACAGCGAAAUUGUGACAAUCCACCUAAAUCUAAUGGAGGUGAUGAUUGCCCUGGCGAGUCUGGUCAGUCUCAGGAAUGUAACGUAGAUGUGUGUCCUGGUGAGACAUGCGAUGAUGGGAAGGUUAUGGAUAACUGUGAUGAUCCGAAUGCCAAAAUGUGUCCUAUAACAUGUGAAGAUGUCUCUGGAAUAACUACUUGUAUUGAAUCACCAUGUACUCCUGGAUGCAGGUGCCCUGAAGGAGAGGUGGAACAGGAUAAUGAAUGUGUUGAAGUGGCAGAAUGUAACUGUCCAUAUGACAUGUCUAUUCUUGGUAAACCUUUGUCUGCAGUUCAGCUAAGUACGACCGAAUUACUAGGGGCUAGUGUACCAGCUGCAACUAAUGAGCCUGGAGAACCAGGAGGUCCUGGUGGACCUCUAGGGUCUGGUGGUCCAGGAGGUCCCGGAGGACCAGGAGGACCUGGAGGACCAGGAGGACCUAAAGGGCCUUUUGGACCUGGUGAGUAA